AUGCAUUUCGACCUAAACAACAACAACAACAACACUCAUAUACCUUUGACGAGACUCAAGAUGAGCGCUGCAAUGUCUGCACUCCCUCGAUCGCGAACGUCCCCCGGUGAUGCGGAUUUCGCCUACAAGCCACUCUCGGCAGAUGCGGACACACGCCUCGUCGAGUUGGAACCGGCGCCUGAUGCAUCAUUUCCACUGCAGUGUCGAAUUACAGAGCUUUGUCUGUCAUCUGAGGACCUGAUCGAAUACGAGGCGCUCUCGUAUACCUGGGGGGCAUCCGAGUUCACGGAGACGCUGUACGUCAUUGAAGAAGAGGACAAGACGAGCGUUAUUAAGAUUACAACAAACCUCAGAGACGCUCUGCACCGCGUCCGAUUGAGACAUCAGAAGCGUCUGCUCUGGGUUGAUGCUGUCUGCAUUAACCAGCAGGAUAUUUCUGAUAAGAGCAAGCAAAUUCCGGUCAUGGCACAGAUUUUUUCCGCCGCGUCUCGUGUUCUUGUCUGGCUUGGGACAUCGCUUGAAGGACAGCGAUCUCUAGUAGACAUCAAGAAGGCGCUGCGGUUUUCAAGCCGAGACAGUCAAAGGAUUGAGGCUCACUUGUCAAAUCUGGAAAGCUCAUUCAGCAACCUGGUAAAACUGCCUUGGUUCAGCCGUCGAUGGAUCAUUCAAGAAGUCGUGCUGGCCGCCGAUGCUGUCAUGAUGUGCGGCGCCGAGGAGAUUGAUCUGAUUCAUCUUUUUCGUGUGAUGCAUGGUUUGGUGAGGAAGAGCAAGCUUCCGCCAGCACUUGUCCCACUGGAUACAAUCUCGAAGCUCUGGAAAACAUGGGUCUUCGAUUCCAAACCGGAGGGUGGCUUGCGACUCCUCGAGCUUCUAUCACUGUUUCACGAGUCGAGUUGCCAGGUCGAUCUUGAUAUAAUAUAUGCGCUCUGCAAUCUAGCGUCAGAUUGUGUAGUUGUCGAGAAGCAAGGUCAAGCCCAUGAAAACAAAAUCUCAGUCGUGGUGGACUACAGUCAGACGGCAGAAUGCCUCUAUCGAUCGAUUGUCGAGCCUCUUCUCGGUCUCAAAGUAAAUGCCGAAGGAGUCGUGGAGAAGGUCCUUACAGACCAAGCAUUUGGUGUUGACCACGAUCAGCGCUAUCUGGAAGUACUUCGUGCUGUUGUGGAGCGUUGUGAUGGUUCAAAUCGGAACUUCAUGGCCUGGCUCCCUGACUGGCGCCUGCCCAAAAGAAGGGAACCGAUAUUCCAGUUGCUGAAAGAGGCAAAUACGCCCAGAGACACAUUUGAAAUGCAUCGAGAAUUUGUUCGUCCACGGAAGAAAAAUACAUUCGGCAGACUCAAAAUUGUCAAUUCUGUUCUCGAACCCUUCCCCGAGCAUCCAGAUAUGGCCGAGGUCAAGAAUUGGCUUCAGACAAUGCGGGACCGAUUCGCGGAUUACCAGCCACAUUUAUCCGAGGACCAGUUUCUUGAAGUCCAGUCUGCACAAUCUAUGGAUUUCCUCGUAGAGAGCUCGCUCUUCAACCGCAAGACGAGACAGAUGUCUCCAGACUGUGUCUGGUGCGCUUUCCUCUUCAUCGUCCUGGAGCAGGGCACAUGGUGGUCAAGUCCCAUGUCAAACCGAACGGUCGACCUGAAGAAGUUGAAAGACGGCGCCUGGAGUCUGUGCCUCCUGAGUUUUGGCGGCCAAUAUGAAGUGCAAGUCAGUUCAGAAUGCUUGUCAUUUCUGUGUUCACUUUUCAGAGGGAGGCGCAUUUUCUCCAGCAGGAGAGACGAUGGUGCACAUGACACAAUUUCGGGAUUGGGAAUUGGCCCAGAUCAUUUGGAAGCAGGCGCUUUUUACAACCUCGAUUUUGCACAACACACAGAAUUAGAGUACUCGAGCCAAGAGGACCUGGUCCGCCAGCAGCUGUUAUGGCAAUCCCUAGCCGAGCGAGAAGGACUGGUGCUUGUUGGUGAUGCUGGGGUGUACCAGUUGGCGGACAGAAAGGACUGGCACAGGUACUACCCCUACCAGGAUCUUUACGAACAGAGUGGCAACCUUUAA